AUGACAGGAAGCUUCUCCGACCCAGAAGCGAUAGCAAAAAAGGCAUUUGAUGCUCUAAGUCCCGGUGGCUGGUAUGAGAUCCAGGACAUUCAACUCCCCGUCUUCUGUGACGAUGGGACUCUCGACCCAGAAACCUCACCACUGAUGAAGUGGCAAGAAUGCCUUAUACAAGGCUCCCGAAAAAUUGGUCGGCCUCUUGGUGACUCUGACAAGUACAAAGCUAUCGUCGAGGAAGCAGGCUUUCAUAAUGUUGUUGAGACUAUCUACAUAUGGCCUACCAACGGCUGGCCCCAAGACCCAAAGCUAAAGGAACUUGGGAAAUGGAACCUGAUCAACUUUGAGUCAGGACUUGAGGGCGGUGCUCGGCUGGUCAAAGGAUCAAGUGCUAUCUCUUUGUGCGGAUGUGAGGAACGAGCUGAGAAAUCCGAAGGUGCAUGGGUACUGGAAGAUAAGAAGCUACGUGGUAUAUGGUCAGAAACCGUAGAAGGAGGCGGUUUGGUAGAAUGA